AGACCAGGUCAAAGAUGAGUAUUUGCAAGCAGGGCAGUGAUUGUGGUCAUGGAGGGGAGUUGUUUUAUGUAAAAUGCACUGGACUUGGUGAUUAUUGGAAUAUAAGGGAUGACUCCUGAGUUUCCGGCUGGGGGAAUGUAGUAGGAAUUGGUGCCUUUCACUUAAAAAUAGCACCUAGGAUGAUAGCACUUAGAAGAUUGCAUUCAGCAUGGGGGAAUAGGUUUGAAGAGAGGAAUUAGUUUUAGAUUUUGAAUAUUUGUAUGUGAAUUGCCUCUGGGACAUUUCAGGUGAAAUCUAGAGAAAACUACGCUGAUAUUGCACAGGAGCACUGUCUAGGCUCUCAAGAUAGACUUGAGUCAUCAGGAUGAUUCAAGACAUAUGUGAAGCCCCCGACACCACUUAAAGAGUCAAAGAAUGUUUCUAAAGGGGAGGAAGUCUAAGUACUGAGCCCAAGGGAAACAUAAGAUUUUUUUUUGUUUUUGUUUUUGUUUUUUGAGAUGGAGUUUUGCUCUUGUCACCCAGACAUGGCAUGAUCUUGGCUCACUGCAACCUCCGCCUCCUGGGUUCAAGCGAUUCUCCUGCCUCAGUCUCCCAAGUAGCUGGGAUUACAGGCAUGUACCACCAUGCUCAGCUAAUUUUUGUAUUUUUAGUAGAGCUGGGGUUUCGCCAUGUUGGUCAGGCUGGUCUCGAACUCCUGACCUCAGGUGAUCCCACUGCCUCGGCCUCCCAAAGUGCUGGGAUUACAGGUGUGAGCCACUGCGCCCAGCCCAGAAACAUUAGUUUUUAAAAAGCAACAGAAUGGUAAGGUGAAAGGUCUGGUUAUUGUCAGGGGCCACAGAGAGAUCAAGUCAGAUAGGAAUCAGUUGGAUUUGAUAAGAGGUUACUAGUGGCUUUGAGAAGAUUAAGACUAGAGGGGCAAACAUUUUUAUAUUUUGUGGCAAAGGAGAUGCAGUCAAAUUAGAGAUUGGGGAAAAGGCAGAAAAAAGUCUGCAAGGAGAGAAAUCAAUACUUUUCAUUGAGUGCCUACUGGAUGCCAGGUAUAGAUCUAAGUAAGCCCCAAAUCCUGGAGUGAUCUUCAAUUUCUCUUAUCCCACACUGGCAAGUCUUGCUGGCUCUAAUAUAUUCCAGCUCAUUGUAUUUCUCUUCAUCACCUCUGUGGCUAACAUCCUUUUCUAGCCUAGACUUAAUGUAUUAGUUUCCUAAGAAGUCUGUGUUUCCAGUCCUGAUUUGUUAUAAUGUAUUCACCAUACAGCAACCAGAAUGACAUUUGAAAAGAGUAAAUUGGACUAUUUCUCUCUCCUACUAACAAUGAACUUUCCAUGGCUUUCCAUCACACCUAAGGUCCAAAUUCCUUAUAACAGCCUGCAAGGUACAAAGUGAGGCCCUUGAAGUAGCAUCUUAUAGCUUCUUUGCUCUCUUAGUUUGAGCCACGCUUUGUUUCUGUUGAUUGAAUGCAACCCCAGGAGCUGAGUAAGGCUUUGGAACAGAAACCAGAUGAUGCACAAUAUUAUCGUCAAAGAGCUUAUUGUCACAUUCUUCUUGGGAAUUACUGUGAUGGGGUUUCACCGUGUUAGCCAGGCUGGUCUCGAUUUCUUGAUCUCGUGAUCCACCUGUCUCGGCCUCCCAAAGUGCUGGGAUUACACGCAUGAGCCACCAUGCCCAGCCAAAAACCCAUCUUUUUCUACAUAGUUGCUGUUGCUGAUGCAAAGAAGUCUCGCGAAUUCAAUCCAAAUAAUGCCACUGCUAUGCUGAGAAAAGGGAUAUGUGAAUACCAUUAAAAAAACUAUGCUGCUGCUCUAGAAACUUUUAUAGAAGGAUAAAAAUUAAGACAGGGUUUCGCCCUGUUACAAAAGCUGGUCUUGAACUCCUGGGCUAAAGUGAUCCACCUACCUCAGCCUCCCAAAGUGUUGGAGUUACAGGUGUGAGCCUUUAUGCCUGACCUCAUCCUGUACAUUUCUAGGCCUUAUUACUUUUAAGAGCAAUAGAAAAGUUUCCUGCCUAAAUUCCUUUCCUUUUUUUUUUUCUUCUUUUUGGACCUGGGGGCACAGCGCCUUACUCUUUCACCCAAACUUGAGUGCAAUGGCACCAUCAUAGUUCACUGCAGCCUUGAGUUCCUGGGCUCAAGCUGUCCUUCUGCCUCUGCCUCCUGAGUAGCUGGGAAUACAGGCAUGUGCCAUCACACUAAGCUAAUUCAUUAAACAUUUUUGUGUAGAGAUGAGGUCUCACUACAUUGCCCAGACUGGUCUCUGAACUCCUGGCCUCAAGUGAUCCUACUACCUUGGCCUCCCAAAGCGCUGGCAUUACAGACAUGAGCCACUGCACUUGGCCCCUAAAUUCUUUUCUUGAGUUUUCUUUCUUUCUUUCCUUUCUUUCAUUUUCUUUCCUUCCUUUCCUUCCUUUUUUCCUUUCUUUCUUUUUUUUUUUUGAGACAGAGUCUCGCCCUGUCUCCCAGGCUGGAGUGCAAUGGUGCAUGGUGCAUUCUCGGCUCACUGCAACUUCUGCCUCCCGGGUUCAAGUGAUUCUCCUGCCUCAGCCUCCAGAGAAGCUGGGAUCACAGAUGCGUGCCACCACGCCCAGUUAAUUUUUUAUCUUUAGUAGAGAUGGGGGUUUCACCUUGUUGGCCAGGCUGGUCUCAAACUCCUGACUUCGUGAUCCACCUGCCUCAGCCUCCCAAAGUGCUGGGAUUACAGACGUGAGCCACCGCACCCGGCCGAAUAAUAUCUUAAUAUCAUGCCAUUGACAUUUAUUCUCUAAUUACUUCAGAGGUAGCCUUCAGAAGAAGGCCUCUUUGGUAAAAUUGCUAUUAAGGAUAUUUCACUAAAAAACAAAUUUAUCUUUAAAUUUAAAUCCAGGAAAAAUUUAAGUUAAACUUUUAGGCUUCUAUUUUUAUCAGACAGGGUAAAAAAUUUAUAACUCAGAAUAUUACCUUUUCCCCUCUUUGUAUGAUAGACUGCUUGGUUUUAGUUACUGAUUAUUUAAAAUAAUAAGUUAUUCAAACCCUCUUCUCUAGAGUAUAGUGUAUGUGAGACAGUAUAUUUAAAAUUUUUAUUAAGGCCCAUGUAGUUGUAUUUCUUUUAUAAAUUAGUAAAUUAGAAAAUUUUGUUUUAAGAGAUUUUUAAUUUAAAAUUUCCAGAUUACUCUUGGCUGGAGUUAACUUGAAUUAGUAGGCUUUUAUUUAGAGUACUUUUAAUCAAUGUUUUUAACGUAUUUCACUAUGCACUGUGUAUAAAUGUAAUCACUGUUCUGUGUCUCCAGAAAUGAAUACUUUGUUUAUGCAUACAUUUACGCUAUUAUCUGUAAGUAUAUAAUUUAUCACCUGUAGCCUCUUGACCCCCAUGUAACUUGGAUAUAUGAGAAAACUUCACAGAAUUUAAAGAUGCUUCUUGGUGUUGGUAGGAAAGGGAUGGGAACAGAUAAAGCCACUGAGAGAAUAGUGGACUGAAUAGGUAGCCGCAUUGAAGAGCGAGCUGGGGCUGGGGAAGGCUUAUGGACCUCAACUCAGCUCCCAGUUACCAAGCCUCCUCCCCACCCUAACUAAUGGCAUUUUGGGAGUCUGAUUUAGAUCUGACUUUGUUGUGUGUAUGAGGAAGCUUCUCUAAGGGCAGAGGGAUUGAGGGAAAUGUACAUUAUUUAUAUCUAUGAAACUAGUGAGGUCGACUGUAGUUAAAAUUAAUUUUAAAAAAUCAAAAUGUUUCAGGAUGAACAACUGUUAAAUUAUUGGUAUGUUUAUAGCUAUAACAGAGUUUGCCAUAAGUUCUGUUAAGACAGGUUUUAUUCACUGCUGACCCCCCAGUGCCUAGAACAGUGCCUGGGAUAUAGUAGGUAUUUAAUAAGUAUUUGCUGAUUAAUAGGUUGUGCAGAUGAGUGAUGUGAUAGGUUUUUCUUUCUAGGUGCAGAUGCUAAUUUCAUGACUGGAUUAAAAGGUGUCAAGAAGUUCAGAAUGGCUCAGAAUCUGAGGUGGGCAUGGCAGAGUGAAGCACAAGCAAUAAUCCUGUAUUAUUCGCGAUCCCAGAGUCCCUUCGGAUUUGCGCCCUGCGCGGCGGGGAGAACCGGCCUCCUGCUCGAGUUCAGAGCUCAUCUGAGGAAUUGGAAUUGAGACACCAAAGCCUAGACGCGUUUCCUGGACGACGGCUUCCCGGCAGGGGCAUCCAGCCAGCGGCCAAGAUGUCGUCAGUGGGGAAGGUGACCCAGGUUCCGAAUGGGAAAGCCUACCAGCAGAUCUUCCAGGCUGAGGUGCAGCUGGUCCACUCCCUUGCGGCCACCAGGAAGCGGGCUGCAGAGCAUUCUGUGACCCUGAAGAGUGGCAGGAUACCCAUGAUGAAGAAGGUGGAGACUCCUGAAGGGGAGGUGAUGUCUCCUCGACAGCAGAAGUGGAUGCACAGCCUCCCCAACGACUGGAUCGUGGAAAACCCUGUUCUCCACAGGGAAAAGGAAAGAGCCAAGAAGGAAAAAUCCCGAGAGAGUGAGAGCACCAUCGCUGCCCGAGAAGUGCGGGGUCUCAUGGAUACUAUGGUUCCUGAGAAGAUAAGCACCAGCACCUUUCAAAGGCGAGCAGAACACAAGAGGAGGAGCUAUGAGAGCGCUCUGGCCAGCUUUCAGGAGGAGAUUGCGCAGGUGGGAAAGGAAAUGGAACCUCUCAUCGUGGACACAGGGGGACUUUUUUUGAAGAAGCUGACUGAGUCUGAUGAAGAAAUGAACCGUCUCUUCCUAAAGGUGGAAAACGACACCAACCUUGAGGACUACACCAUCCAAGCCCUGCUGGAGCUGUGGGAUAAGGUGGCUGGGCGGUUACUGCUCCAGAAGCAGGAGAUUAAGGAGCUGGAUGAGGCCCUGCACUCGCUGGAGUUCUCCCGAGCCAAUAAACUAAAAGGCGUGUUGAAGAAAUAUGCGGAAGUCAUAGAGAAAACUUCCUACCUCAUGCGGCCAGACGUGUACAGGCUGAUAAAUAAAGAAGCCAUGGUCAUGAACUAUGCCCUGCUGGGCAACCGGAAGGCCCUCGCCCAGCUAUUUGUCAACCUGAUGGAGUCCACCCUGCAGCAGGAGCUGGACAGCCGCCACCGCUGGCAAGGCUUGGUGGACACCUGGAAGGCUCUCAAGAAGGAGGCCCUGCUGCAGAGUUUCAGUGAGUUCCUGGCCAACGAGAGUAUCCAUACUCCCCCGGCUGUGACGAAGGAGCUAGAGGUCAUGCUGAAGACCCAGAACGUCCUGCAGCAAAGGCGGCUGAAGCACAUCUGCACCAUCUGUGACCUCCUGCCCCCCAAUUACAGCAAAACUCAGCUGACUGAGUGGCAUUCUUCCCUCAACUCCCUGAACAAGGAGCUAGACACCUACCACGUGGACUGCAUGAUGCGGAUCCGCUUGCUGUAUGAGAAGACGUGGCAGGAGUGCCUGAUGCAUGUGCAGAAUUGUAAGAAGCAGCUGCUGGACUGGAAAGCCUUCACUGAGGAGGAGGCAGAGACCCUGGUGAACCAGUUCUUCUUCCAGAUGGUGGGAGUGCUCCAGGGCAAGGUGGAGGAGGACCUGGAGCUCUUGGACAAAUCCUUCGAGACUCUGGCAGAUCAGACAGAGUGGCAGAGUUCGAACCUCUUCAGGUAUUUCCAGGAGGCGGUACAUCUGUGGGAGGCACACCAGAGCGAGCUGUUGGUGCAGGAGCUGGAGCUGGAGAAGAGGAUGGAGCAGCACCGGCAGAAGCACAGCCUGGAGAGCCAGGUGCAGGAGGCCCACCUCGAUAGGCUCUUGGACCAACUGAGGCAGCAAAGUGACAAAGAAACACUGGCGUUUCACCUGGAAAAGGUCAAAGAUUAUCUGAAGAACAUGAAAUCCAGGUAUGAAUGUUUUCACACCCUCCUGACAAAGGAAGUGAUGGAGUACCCAGCGAUCAUGCUGAAAGAACUCAACUCCUACAGCUCCACCCUCAGCCAAUACUUCUUUGUGCGUGAAAUCUUUGAACAGAACUUAGCUGGAGAAGUCAUUUUCAAAUUCAGGCAACCAGAAGCACAUGAAAAACCCUCCCAGAAGAGAAUGAGAAAACUGAGGAAGAAGCAAGGGUCUAAAGAGGACAUGAGCAGAAGUGAGGAAAGCAUAAGUAGUGGGACAAGUGCUGCCAGGUCAGUAGAAGCGGUGGAAGAAGAAAACGAUCAAGAAAUGGAGUCCUUCAUAACUGAAGAGGUGCUGGGGCAGCAGAAAAAAUCUCCACUGCAUGCAAAGAUUGAUGAGUCCAAAGAGGGCUCUAUUCAGGGAUUGGAAGAAAUGCAGGUUGAAAGAGAGAGCUCCUUAAACCCAUCCCUGAAUGAGGAGAAUGUGAAGGGUCAAGGAGAAAAGAAGGAAGAGUCAGAGGAGGAAGAUGAGAAGGAGGAAGAGGAGGAGGAGGAGGAGGAGAAGGUGGAGGAAGAGAAGGAGGAGAAGGAGGCACAGGAAGAGCAAGAGAGUUUAUCUGUGGGUGAGGAAGAAGACAAGGAAGAGGGUCUAGAGGAGAUAUACUAUGAGGACAUGGAGUCCUUCACAGUCUCCAGUGGAAACACGUAUUUUGUCUUUGUACCCCUGGAAGAAGAAGAGCAUUGCAGCAAGUCCCAUUCCACCUUCUCAGUCAUGUUCAUCAAUGACACUUCCAGUGCCAAGUUCAUAGAACAAGUGACAAUUCCAUCGAGACUAAUUUUAGAAAUUAAGAAACAACUUCGAGCUGGCUUCUUCGAGCACCUCGAGAAGUGGUUUGACCAGUGUUCCCUCAACACCCGGGUCACCGUGGCCACCAAAAUCAAUGAGCUGGAUUCAGAACUGGAGCUGCGUCUGCAUCUGCACCAGCCAAGAGCCCAGCAGAUUGAAAAAGACAUCCACAACGUCAGGGCAGCCGAGCUCUUGCUUCAUCAAGAGCGGUUGGACAGCCACUGUGCUGGGGUGACCGAGAUGCUGAAGAAGGAGCAGCUGAUGUUCUGCCAGUUCCAAGAAGAGCAAAACGUGAGGAGCAAAAACUUCCGCCUCAAGAUCUAUGACAUGGAGCACAUCUUCUUGAAUGCCACCAGGAGCCAAAAGCUGGUCAUUCUCAGCAACACACUGCACCAGGAGUUGCUUAGCUAUGUUGAUGUCACCCAGGUGUCCCUGCGCAGCUUCCGGCAGUACUUGGAGGAGAGUCUGGGCAAACUCCGCUACUCAAAUAUUGAGUUCAUCAAACACUGCAGAUUGUUUUCAGAGGGAGGCAACUUUUCUCCUAAAGAAAUCAAUUCACUGUGUUGCCGACUGGAGAAGGAAGCUGCCCGGAUAGAGUUGGUUGAAAGUGUCAUCAUGCUCAACAUGGAGAAGAUGGAGAAUGAGUACCUGGACCAGGCCAAUGAUAUCAUCAACAGGUUUGAAAGCAAAUUCCAUAACCUGUCUGUGGACCUUAUUUUCAUAGAGAAAAUCCAGCGGUUGCUGACGAAUCUGCAAGUGAACAUCAAGUGCCAGGUGGCAAAAUCCAAUUCGCAAACAAAUGGAUUAAAUUUCUCUCUGCAACAGCUUCAGAACAAGAUAAAAACUUGUCAAGAGUCCAGGGGAGAGAAAACCACAGUGACCACAGAAGAACUCCUCGGCUUCGUCCAAACUUGGAAAGAAAAACUGAGCCAGAGGAUUCAGUACCUUAACUGCAGCCUGGACAGGGUGUCCAUGACUGAACUGGUCUUUACCAACACCAUCUUGAAGGACCAGGAGCAAGACAGUGACAUCCUGACAUCUUCAGAAGCCCUUGAAGAGGAGGCCAACCUGGACGUGGUCACCCCUGAGUCCUUCGCCCAGCUGAGCUGCAUGGGGAAGCCCCUGAUUGAGGACCCAGCUGUGGAUGUGAUCAGGAAGAUCCUGCAACUUCCCAACACAAAAUGGCCAACCCACCAUUGUGACAAAGAUCGGUCCCAGACAGGUAGAGGCACACGGGCCUGUGGGUCUCGGGGCAGCAGUGAGGCAGGGGCUGGUGGUGCUGUGUGGCUCUUCUUACCUCCUGUUCUCUGCUCCUGUCCUGGGCCCUCGUCACCCAAAGGCUUCAAGCGACAUCGGUGCCGGCCAGAAAACUCUGGGAAGAAGGCUGUACCCAGCGCCAGUGCUACCUCUGCAGGAAGCUUCACACGGCACCCCAAGCCCAACAAAAUGGAGAGAAAGUACCAGGUGCUUGGGGACAAGCCUCCCCCUCCUGCUGAGGACUUUAAGGGGAUCAUCUUGACCCUCCUCUGGGAGAGCAAUGAGAACCUGCUGACAGUCGCAGAGGAGUUCUACCGUAAAGAAAAACGCCCGGUCACCAGGCCUGACUGCAUGUAUGACACCUUCGACCAGUGUGCCGAGAACAUCAGCAAAAAGAUCCUGGAGUACCAGAGCCAGGCAAAUAAGUACCACAACUCCUGCCUCAUAGAAUUACGGAUCCAGAUGAGGAGAUUUGAGGAGCUGCUGCCCCAAGUGUGUUGGCUGGUGAUGGAGAAUUUCAAGGAACACCACUGGAAAAAGUUUUUCACCUCCGUGAAGGAGAUCCGAGGACAGUUUGAGGAACAGCAGAAGCGGCUGGAGAAAGGAAAGGACAAAAAUGCCCAGAAGCUCCAUCUAAAUCUUGGACACCCCAUACAUUUCCAAGAAAUGGAGUCUCUACACUUAAGUGAAGAGAAAAGGCAGGAAGAGCUGGACAGCAUGAUUAGGAUGAACAGGGAGAAGCUGGAGGAAUGUACCAGAAGGAAUGGCCAGGUUUUCAUAACCAACUUGGCUACCUUCACUGAGAAGUUCCUACUGCAGUUGGAUGAGGUGGUCACCAUUGACGAUGUCCAGGUUGCAAGGAUGGAGCCCCCCAAACAGAAAAUAUCAAUGCUCAUACGAAGGAAACUCACUGGGCUCUCCCUGAAGGAAGAGAGUGAGAAAUCCCUGAUUGAACGUGGAAGCAGGAAGUGGCCAGGGAUCAAACCCACCGAAGUCACCAUCCAAAACAAGAUUCUUCUCCGGCCAACAUCAUCGAUAUCCACCACCAAAACCACCCUGGGCCACUUGGCGGCUGUGGAAGCCCGAGAUGCUGUGUACCUGAAAUAUUUAGCAUCAUUUGAGGAGGAGCUGAAGAGGAUCCAGGAUGACUGCACAUCUCAGAUGAAGGAGGCUCAGCGCUGGAAGGACAGCUGGAAGCAGUCCCUGCACACUAUCCAGGGCCUGUAUGUGUGACCCUCCACCCCACCAUGAAUAAACGCUUUCUUAUACAGA